AUGACGAGCGGCGCGCGCGGCCGCGGCGGCGCGCCUGGAAACCCAGCGGCGCGGGCGGCACUGGCCCUGGUGCCGGCCGCCCUGCGGUGGCGGGGGGCGUUGGCGCAGCCCCGAGCGCCUGAGGAUGCUGCUGGCCCAGCGGCCGCUGGGGGCGCCGGUGGCGAGGGCCAGACAAUCUCGCCGCCCUACGACUGCGAGGCCGGCUUCGGCUUCUGGUGGAAGGGCUGGUCCGAGGGCAAGAAGGAGUGGUGCUGCGCCCGCGAGCAGAGGGGGUGCCCGACGACCACGACCUCCUCGGCGGCGGGCUCGUCGGCAAAGCGCUGCCAGGGCGAUCCGCUGAGCUGGCCCCACUCCGACGUCAAGUGGUGCUGUGUAAACGAAGGCGUGGGCUGUGACGCCGUGGUCACCACCGUGACCCAGACGACGACGAGCACGAGCACCAGCACCGCCACCCGCGGCAGGGGCGCGCGCGGGGAGGCCCCCUCCAGCGCCGGCGCUGGCGGCGCGGAAGGGGUGGACGGCGCAGACGACCUGAAUUGCUCUGUAGGCUACUCCUACUGGCAGGAGAUGUGGUCCGUCAAAAAGAAGAGCUAUUGUUGCGAGAACGAGCAGAAGGGCUGCUCCAUGGAAACCUCCAGCGUGCCGUUCGAUUGCAUGUUCGCGCUGGAUAAGAUCGACGCCAACUGGACCGAGGCGAAGAAGGUGUGGUGCUGUGCGAAGCAGGGGCUGGGAUGCGCGAGCACGGAGCGCUCCACCCCGGUGCCUUUCGAUUGCGCUUUGGCCAGCUUCGACAGGUGGUCCGUGGAGCGCCGGAACUGGUGCUGCGUGAACCAGGGCCGGGGCUGCGCCACCACCACGGCCACGGAGACGGACACCCGGCCGUCGACCACCACACGCUCCACCUCCACGACCACCACCUCAAGUACGGUCACCUCUACCAGCACGCAGACGACAUCGACCAGUAGCACCACCACGUCGACGUCCAGCACAGUGACGAGCUCCACCUCGACCACGACCGUCGACCCUGAACAUUCAAAGCCGUUCGACUGCGACGCUGGCUUCAACAAUUGGGAGAUGGGCUGGUCGCUGGCGAAGAUGCAGUACUGCUGCGAGCACGAGCACCGCGCGUGCUUGCCCACCACCUCGACCACCGCCGCCCCUGCGCCGUUCGACUGCGCCGCCGGCUACGACAACUGGGAGAAGGGCUGGUCUCUUGGCAAGAAGGCGUGGUGCUGCAAGCACAGAGGCAGGGGCUGCCAGACCAUCCUGCUGCCGUUCAACUGCAGCUCUGGGCCCAGCGACACGCAGGAGAAGUGGCCGUGGGCGAGGAGGAAGUGGUGCUGCGAGAACGAGCUGCGAGGCUGCCCAGACGCGGCCACGGCGACCUCGACGACCUCCACCAGCACGACGAGUACAAGUGCGAAGUAUGACUGCAGCCUCAACGUCGACAAGUGGAAGGAGCUCUGGUCCAGAGACCAGCAGGAUUUCUGCUGCAAGCGCAGUCACAAAGGGUGCAGUAACACUACGACCAGUUCUAUCACAACCACGACGCGGGCGAUGACGACGCACUUGCAUUUCGAUUGCAUGUCUGGAUACGUAUAUUCGAACUGGCAAGAGCGUUGGUCGGAGCAGAAGAAGGCGUGGUGCUGCAGGCACGAGAAGCGCGGCUGCAACGUCACCGUCACCACGUCGAAGCCACCCCCAGAGCCUGCAGGGUCCGAGCACUACGACUGCGCCGCCGACGCGGGCCAGAAGCAGAGGUCCUGGUCGGCAGGAAAGAGGGUGUGGUGCUGCCUCACGGAGGGCAGGGGCUGCCAGAAGGUGAUCAGCGACGAGGGCGCGGCGAGCGCGCCGGCGUGGGUCGGCUUUGACUGCGAGGCCGAGAGGAACAACUGGCAGAUGGCGUGGUCCGUCGCAAAGAAGAGCUGCUGCAAGGACGCGAAGGGCUGCGAUCCACCAUUGGUGGAGACGACGCGGCUCCUCCAGUCGGCCUUCGCCCGCGGCCCGCGCGCCGGAGUGGCUGGCGCCGCCGAGGGGCGCGCGGCGGCCGCUGCGGCGCUGGGCGGCUGCUGCUGGGUGGGGGCCGCCGCGCUGCUGACGCGCGCCCUGCGCCGGCGCCUGACCGCAAGGCGAGGCGCCAGCGACGGCGGCGCGGCGGCGUGCUCUGGGCUCCUCGACGAGGGGGACAUUCAUGAAGCUGACCCAUGGCAAUGUCCGCACCUGAGCUAA